GGAAUUCAAUUGAGCGUAAUUGCAGAAUGGAUGAAAUCAAUGAUUUCUUUGAUUUCUCCAAAGAUUUCGAAAAGAAAACUGUGCCUCGAGGCUGUGUAUCAGGUUCAGCUUUGGCAACAGCCGGCAAACCGCAGGAAUCGAAAUCGGCAUUUGGUAAACGGGACUAUGUUGGGACAUCAUAUGCAAAAACAUUGGUGGAAUUGGAAUGUUUGAAGCUGGAUGAGGUAAGGUGGUGUGGUGAUGAUGAUGGUCUGGAUUUAAAUAAAAGCCGCCAUACCGAGGCUCACAGUACAGUGGCUUCAUCCUGUAUGGAUGAUUUAGAGCCGUUAUCUAGUGAAUCGGAAAAUGAAGAUGACGAUAGUCCCAGAGGUAGACGUCCAGAUGAUGGAAUUUAUGAUCGUUAUCCUUUCGAUUUAAAUCGUAAUGAAUCGUUGCCGAUUUAUGAUAAACGUGAUGAAAUCGUGGAAAUGAUACGCACCAAUCCAGUGGUAAUUUUGGAAGGUGAUACAGGAUGUGGUAAAACAACACAGGUACCCCAGUAUAUCCUUGAUGAUGCCUAUACUCGACGGGAGUACUGUAAAAUUGUGGUUACCCAACCAAGACGUAUUGCAGCCAUAACUAUAGCACGUCGGGUAUGCCAAGAACGUAAAUGGCAGGAGGGUACACUUGUUGGUUAUCAGGUUGGCCUUCAUGCCAAUUUGAGUGAGGAUACACGUCUGCUGUAUUGCACCACUGGUGUGUUGUUACAGAAACUUGUAAGGGAAAAAUCUUUAGGUCACUUUACACACAUCAUAUUGGAUGAGGUCCAUGAAAGAGAUCAAGAAAUGGAUUUUCUUUUAAUUGUUGUACGACGUUUACUGGCCACCACAUCAAAACAUGUUAAAAUUAUUCUAAUGUCGGCAACCAUUAAUACACAUGAGUUUUCCAAUUAUUUUCGUAUACGACGAGAACCUGCACCAAUUAUUAAGGCAGAUUCUCGUAGACUGUAUAAAGUCAGUGAAUUUUACUUGUGUGAAUUGGGACGUAUUAAUAACUCGAAUAUACAAAUUGAUUCAGCUGAACCUGGAAUCUCAAAUGAAAUGUAUGGUAUUGCUUUGAAGCUGAUCUAUGUUAUAGAUAAUAUUGAAAAACAUGAAGCACCAAAUGCUUCAUAUAAAACAUCAAUAUUAAUAUUUUUACCGGGUAUCAAUGAAAUUGAUAAAAUGUGUCGUCUAAUAGAAGACAUCAACGACAUUGAUGAUAAUACAAUAAAACUAAGUCCCAUACGUUUACAUUCGCUUAUAUCACCCGAUGAACAAUUGAAAAUAUUUCAUCAAGCACCACCCGGAUAUCGUAAGGUUAUAUUAUCAACAAAUAUUGCUGAGAGUUCUGUUACUGUACCUGAUGUAAAAUAUGUAAUUGAUUUUUGCCUUACCAAAUCAUUGGUAACCGAUUCGGCAUCAAAUUUCUCUUGCUUACAAUUACAUUGGGCAUCUAAGGCAAAUUGUCGUCAACGUUCCGGUCGUGCGGGACGUGUAAUGAAUGGUCGUGUUUAUCGUUUAGUACCACGCUAUCAUUAUGAUAAUUGCAUGCAUGAUUAUAGUGUACCGGAAAUGUUACGUUGCCCCUUAGAAAAUGUUGUCUUGCGCGCCAAACUUUUAGAUAUGGGACCACCACCAGAUAUUCUCGGUUUGGCCAUGAAUCCACCAAAUCUAAGUGAUAUCCAUAAUACAAUAUUAAUGUUAAAAGAAUUGGGUGCAUUGUAUAUGACUGUAAAUGGUACAUAUUCGGUGCAAGAUGGCGAUAUUAGUUUUAUGGGCCGUAUUAUGGCCGCAUUACCAUUAGAUGUACGUCUAAGUCGUCUUAUUGUUUUGGGUUAUAUUUUUGGUGUGUUGGAUGAUGCUGUUAUUAUGGCUGCUGGCUUGAGUGUUCGCUCAGUCUUUCAAUUUCAAUCGAAAACACCACAAAGUGAUUGCGAGGCCUAUAUCAAAAAGUUGUCAUUUGCAGAUGGUUCUGGCUCAGAUCUAUUUGCCAUUUUAAAGGCCUAUAAGCUCUGGUUAUCAAUGUGCGAACAAAAUAAUUUACGUGAUGAUGAUGCACAAUAUGCCUGGGCAAAUCGUUGUUAUCUGAAUAUACGUUCUUUAAAAGAAAUGCAUUUGCUACGACAAGAGAUUCAAGAACGUUUAGAUGGUUUUAAUUUGAAGACUAGAAAUUCCCAUCAACAUGUUCAUUGGAUGGAUCGAGAAAAAACAACAAUAUUAAAGAUUGUUAUUGCCGGUGCAUUUUAUCCGAAUUAUUUUACACGCUCAGCCUUAAAUGAUACAGAUCGUGAACGUGGUCUCUAUCAUAUAUUGUGUGGCAAUGAUCCUUGUAGUACGGUUUAUUUUACCAAUUUCAAUACAAAACAUAUUGGUCAGCUGUAUUCGCAAUAUAUUAAAGAUUUAUUUCGUGAUUUGGAAAUACCACCUCAGGAUAUUGAAGUUCGUUUUCAAGCCGGAUCAGAAAAGGUAUUGGUUACCUUCAAAAAUGAUUUGGAAAAAGACUAUGAUGAGAGUAGUAAACGUUUGAAGGUACCGGGUCGUGUUCGCCCUGAAGUUUAUAAAGCCAUACGUAUGCGUAUGUCGAAAAUGCGUACUGUUAUCAAUGUUAUGGAUCCCCGCUUGGCUGCGAAAUAUGCCGAGGACAAGGGUUAUGGUGCCAUGAUAGAUGGUGUUUGGCAACCGCUGAAAAAUCAAUUGAAACAUCCGGAUUUGUAUGUGCUGCCUUCGGUGUUCCAAAAGAAGUUAAAGGGUCGUAUCACACAUAUUGAGAAUUGCAGUAAAUUUUUCUUCCUUCCUAUUGCUGAAAAGAAUCGUUUCAAUGAGAUGCUUGAUAUUUUGAAUAAUGACCAAAAAUUAGAUGCAGCACGCUUUCAGACUCCAGCUGAGGUGGCAAAAGGCAUGAUUUUAUUGGCACCUCUCAGUGAUCAGUAUCAAAGGGCAAUGGUUUUGAAAAUCUCUACAGCUGCAGCACUUCAAUUUAAGGUCCUCUUCAUUGAUGUUGGCAGUACGGCAUUUGUACGUUUCGAACAAUUGCGAUUCUUGUGGCUAGAAAUUGCUUCAAUGGCCGAAAUACCACCACGCAUAUUUGAGUGUCGUUUGGCCAUGAUUGAACCAUCUACUGUGCGCUCACCCAAUGGUAAAUGGUCGGAAGAAACUAAGGAACUUUUGGAAGAAUUUGCCGAUGCUGGCAAUGUGGAAAUUGAAAUAUUCUCUGUGGUGGAGGCAGUGGCCAAUGUAAUUAUUAACAUUGGUAAUACUACAUUCAACGAUAUAUUGGUGGAAAGGAAGUUGGCCAGAAGUUCCGAUGAGAAUUAUCUGUCAAAGACUGACCAUAAUUACCGUCAACGACAACAGGCCUUGGCCAAUCGUUACCUGGACGAAGAUCAUACGCGUCAAAAUGAAGUAUAUCUAAGUUCAAUUUUACCCAAAAAGGAAAAAGAUAUACCACCACCACCGCUGACAAUGUGUAAUAAAAUGAUAAGACUGCGUGGCCCCUUCUCACCGCUCGAAUCGAAAAUAUUUUCCACCGUACGAGCUGGUUCAUGGAAAAGUGUUGAAAUUGAAAGGGAUUCGGUAAAUUCAGUAUUACUUGAUACAGAUCCUCAAGAUGUUCAUGAACGAUUGUAUGUGGCGGCUGGUGUUACGGCCACACAAUCAGGUGAUACAAUUGUGGCCCGGGCAACAAAUCUAAUGCCUAAUAUUCAUGGUUUUGGUGCUCUCAUGACAAUGCUAUUUUGUCCAACAAUGCAAAUAAAACGCAAUAGUAGUUGUACAAAAUAUGUUGCUAUAUUGGCGGGAUUGGGUUAUAAUCCCACCACCUAUAAACCACUGUAUGCCGAACAUGAUGUUGUGCUCAAUUUGGAUGUGGAAAUUAAAACGGAAGAUUUUGAAAUGAUCAAUCAGUUGCGUUAUUGCAUGGAUUCACUACUCUUCACCGAUAUCGGAGAGGAAAGACCAAUCAUACUCCCCAAACAAAUUGGUGAUUUACAGGCGAAAAUCAAACAACUUAUUAUUAAGUUACUGAGUAAAAAUCGCAAAUAUAUUGAAACACAUGUCAGCGAAAAUGAUAAUAUUUGGCAAGAACAUGAUAGCAGUGAAAUAUUAGAAACAGUUGCUGUUCUAGGUGAUCGUUCGUUAUUCCCCAUGUUGCCGGCAUUGGUGUUGCAUGAUGAACAAUAUGAUAAAAUACAAUCACUGCUAUUGCAUUGUCAAGAAUUGCAUAAUUUGGCACAAUUUGGUGAUACUGUCAAGCCUUUAACAUGCCGUUUGUGUAAUCAAUAUUUGGAAAAUGUUGUACAAAUACGCAUACAUUUGUUAUCGCAGCUACAUCGUGAUGGUGAAUAUCAAAUACGCUAUAAGUCAAACAAGUGA